GCGGCUGCGAAUCUAUUUUCAACCAUGACCAGCGUCAGCGCGGGCGAGUCGAUCCUGGCGCUGUACGCGGCGCAGUUCCUCAAGGCACCGCCGAAGACGACCAUGCCCCAAGCAUUUGACACGAGUGGCGAAGACGACAACCAAGCAGCGGUCGGGCGCGGUGACGACCCACGACUGCCGACUGAAGGUGCGAUCGAAGACGAGUUGUCCGAGCCCGACGACGUGCGGCCGGCCGCGCCUGAGCCCAUCCAUGAAGCAUCCAAGAGCGACAGCAUGGACGAGUCUUCAACAUUGCCGUCGUCGACGAACCGCGUUGAGCCGCAGGAGAUUCCGCCGCUGUUGCAGUCGCUGCUGCAAUCGCUCGCGGACCAGAAAGCACAGCUUGCAACUCUACUUCGGUUCACGGGCUCGCUGAGCUGCGCGCCAGCGUCCAUGGACGGACCGCUGACACCCGAGAGCAUCCGCGAUGCUGCCGAAAACGUUGUCGGCAUCCAGUCGGGGCACCACCGCCUGUCGCUGGCGCGUACCGCCGUGCUGCUCGCCAACCUCUCGCUGCAAGCCGAAGUAGCCGUUGCGCAUCUGGUCUCCACCAUUGGUGGGCACACGCCUCUAAAGCAAAACCACAGCGAGAUGCGGCGCGCCCCCGUGGCAAAGGCACCGGCCCCCAGCCCCGUCCACCGGCGCACGCUCCAGCCGUCGCUCUCGGCGACGCUCGAGCAGAUCGGCGGCUCGUUUCGUGAGUUUUUGUACGCGCCGCAAGUCGAAGAAAGCUUGUGCUCGCCUCGGCCACUGCUGGCACCGCCGCCAGCCGAACUCGCCCCCAAAGCAAAAGCGUUCGCCGUCGCCUCCAAGCGCUGCAAGUCUGUGCCUCGACGGCUGCUUGGUCGCUCGGUCAUCCUCUUCAACGGCAUGGCGGGCGUCGUCCGGUUUGCGGGCUCGACCGAGUUUGCCAACGGCACCAUGUAUGGGAUCGAACUCCAUGAACCCCACGGCAAGCACAGCGGCACAGUGCACGGGACGACGUACUUUACAUGCGCCAAGAACGUGCACGCGGCCCACGCUUUGCCGUACGGGGUCUUUGUGCGCGAGACGCAAAUCAAAACCUGGUUGUGAUCCCAGUAGUUGAAUCGAGUGUUCGUCGUCGUGUCAACAUGACAGUUUGUCGUAAACUCGUUGUCGU